AUGUCAGACGUGACUUCGGCGUUGUAUUUUCAUAUAGCAGAAGGUGAAAGAAAAUGCUUCAUUGAAGAAAUCCCGGACGACACAACUGUAAUAGUAAACUACAAAGUCGAGCUGUAUGAUCCUCGGUCAGGAGGAUUCAUGCCUUCAACUCCUGGUAUUGGUAUGCAUGUAGAAGUGCGGGAUCCCAAUGACAAAAUAGUAUUGUCUCGUGUCUACUCUUCAGAGGGAAUGUACUCUUUCACUUCAACUACUCCUGGUGAACAUGUUAUUUGUAUGUACUCUAACAGUACAUCAUGGUUCAGUGGCUCACAGUUAAGAGUACAUCUUGACAUUCAAGUUGGUGAACAUGCAGUGGAUUAUGCCAGUGUGGCUAAGAAGGACAAAUUGACAGAACUGCAACUGAGGAUAAGACAGUUGCUCGAUCAAGUUCAUCAGAUUACUAAGGAACAAAGUUAUCAGAGGCAAAGGGAGGAAAGGUUUAGGCAGACAUCAGAGAGCACAAAUCAGCGUGUUUUGUGGUGGAGUCUUAUGCAGACAGCUGUCCUCGUUGGUAUUGGCUAUUGGCAGAUGAGGCACCUCAAGAGUUUCUUUGAGGCUAAGAAAUUAGUUUAA